AUGUCGGACAGGGACGCCGGAGAUGAUCUCAGCCUGCCAAAGGCUACAGUACAAAAAAUAGUGUCAGAAAUUAUCCCACCGGACCUUGUUUUCUCACGCGAUACACGAGAUGCUCUUAUAGAGUGCUGUGUGGAGUUUAUUAUGAUUCUAUCCAACGUGUCAAACGAGAUUGCUGAGAAGGAGUCGAAGAAAACAAUUGCAUCCGAACAUGUGAUCAAGGCACUAGAAACGUUAGGGUUCUACGAUUAUAUCCAACCCAUCCAGGACGUGAUCCAAGAACACAAAGAGUCUCAGAAAGUACGUGACCGCAAGGUCGGCAAAUUAGAAUCGUCUGGCAGAUCAGAAGAAGAACUUCUACGAGAACAAGAGCUGCUAUUCGCCAAGUCGCGGUCACGACUGAAUAGCGCUGCCACCAACAACGCGGCCCAAGCAGCAGCUGCCACUGCUAAAGUCGAGCCUGAAUAA